AUGGAGCGGACCAGUUCGGGCCCCAAGAGCCUCUUUCCAAAAGGCCCGAGCUUCACCCUGGACAACUUCUCCGGCAAGGACUUCAUCGUCCGCGACUUUGUCGACAGCCUGGCGGAUAGUGCCGUCCCUUCCAAUCGCCGCUCCGGGCCUGCGGCGGCGGCGUUCGACCCUAAGCCGUUGAUUCGGACCUUUGAAAAUGCCCUGUCACAGCUGGCUCUGCUCGGCGACGAGCUCCAAGACAAGGAGUCGGAAAUCCUGUCCCAAGUACGACGCGCAGAGGUCCAGCACGAUCAAACCCUCGACACCCUUGGUCGCACGCUGGACCAGAGCAUGAGCUCGUUCGAGGCACUCGAUGGAUCGAUAGGCCACAGCAGUGCCGGCGGUGCGCCAGACGCCGCCGGCCGGACCGACGGCGGAGGAAAUGUAGCCGUUCAGAUAGGGGAGAAGCUGGAGGAGCUCGACCGCAAGCGACGCCGAGCGCAAGACACCAUAUUCUUGAUUCAGUGCUGGACCGAGCUGAGCGACGCCGGACUGCUAUCCUCUCUGGAAGACAUCCGACUCCAGGGCGGGUCCGAGAAUAAGAUCAGAUGCGCCGUCAUCGCGCGCCAGCUGAUGAGGAUGAGCCAGCAGCUUGAUCCGUCGUCGUGGAGCUCUACCAGCAGCCAGCGAAAUAGCGCCACGCUCAGUGGCCACGCCGGCGACGCCAAAUCACACAACACGCGCGAGAUCCUCGAGAAAUUCUGCGAGUCCUUGGAACAGGAUCUCCUGGAACAGUUCAACAAUAGCUACAGGCGCCAGAACUUUGACGACAUGAUGGAGUGCUCCAAGGUCUUGCACGACUUCAACGGUGGCGCCAGUGUGAUUGCCAUCUUUGUCAACCAGCACCAGUUCUUUAUCGAUCGAGACCAGCUGAACGACGAGGCUAUUGGUGACGGGGAGACGUGGGAAGUCCUGGCAGACCCCGACUCGGACCCGCCCGGCGUCGACCCUGGACUGCAGUCCCUCGUUGACGAGGUCAAGAUUGUGAUGCAAGAAGAGUCCUUCAUCAUCAAGCGCGCGUUUCCGUACUACGAGACCGUCCUCGUCAAGUUUAUCCAGAGAGUGUUCCAGCAGUCCAUUCAGCAGAGACUCGAAAAGGUCCUCGACAAGGCCGGUACCGUGUCCACUCUUGCCUUUUUGAGAUCAUUACACUCUUCAAGAAGCUACAUCAGCUCGUUGGUGGAGGACUUGAAGACCCACGGCCUUACAGAACACCCCGACGCGUGCUCGGGGCAGAUUGCGCAGACGCUGGAUCAGCAGACGGACGAGCUGUUCAUCCCCUACCUCGUGGGGGGCUCCUACAUUGAACGGGAGCGAAAGAGCCUCGAGGAAAUGUACAGCUCGCUGCUGUUCAAAUUCACAAUGUACCACUCUCGGAGGAGGAGAGCGCCGCAGGGCUUCAUGGCCUCGCUGGCCCAGCAGGGCACCCAGUUCAUGGCCACAGCCAAGGACGCGUACCUGGAACGAUUGGAGUCUUCGGAUCUCACGCCGACACACAAGCGCAUCAUGCUGCGGGUCGCCGGCAUUAAGGAUAAAGAGAACAAGAACGAGAUCGAGGUCUCGGAGGAGGACGGCGCGCUGAGCGUCACCAACGCGAAGCGCAUGCUCAAGUGGCUCGCCGAGAGCGUCCAGCGCACCCUGGAGCUCGGGUCCCAGGCCGAGACGCCAAAGGACGUCAACGUGCUCCUGCAGCUGUUGCUCACCAACAUGGGCCAGCUCUACGUGCAGACGGCGCUCGAGGCGGCCGACGGCCAGGCCACCUUGGUGGAAAACUCCAAGACGGAGCCGGACCUGGCCUUCUUGUCCCCGGUCCGGCCCGCGGUCACCAUCUCGGCCAUCAUGGACAGGUUCAUCACCGUCGUGCUCGUCCGCCUGGCCGAGCCCAACACGACCGUGAGGAAGAGCAUGGAGGCGCAGCGCAACAUGGCCAUGGACGCCAUCGAGAAGAAGACAAACGCCGUCAUGAAGAGCUCCAUCGACGUCAUCACCAACUUCGUCGCCAAGUCCCUCGGCUCCCAGAAGAAGCAGGACUUCCGGCCCAGGGGCGGGGAACUCGAAUUCCUGCAGACGCCCACGUGCCUCGGCAUUUGCAAGUUCCUGGGCCGGUCGUCCAAGGAGGCGAGCCUCGCCAUCGACGGGCCCAACGCCGAAAGGUACUUCAGCGAGCUCGCGCUGUCCAUCCACGAGCUCCUCUUUGACCAUUUCAAAAAGUUCCAGGUCAACGCCACGGGGGGGCUGAUGGUCACGCAGGAUGUUGCAAAGUACGUCUCUGUGAUGCGGGACUGGCCUCUGGCCAAGGAGGUUGCGGACAUGGUUGAGCUUCUCACGGAGAUUGGGUCACUGUUCAUCGUGGGUCCCGAGGCAUUGAGGGAGAAGGCGAGGGCCUUGGCGCCGGGCCAGAGUGGCGGCAGAGGGAAGCUGUGCAAGGGCGACUUCAGGGCAUUUGUGCAGAGGAGGGACGACUCGGGGUCUGUUGGGAUACAGAGCAUCCUGGCAGGUCUCUGA